AUGUCGGGUGGGCUGGAGGGGAGGCAGGAGCACUUGGCACCAGCUCGGGGAUUGUCCCCCACCCUGAUGCUCCCUGUCCUUUGCUUUUCUUCUGGGCCAGGUGUCAAUGCAUUUCCCUGCUGUGGCAAGAGUGCUGUGGACAUUGUGGAGAGAACGAAUGACUAUCACCACCAGCCCCACAUCCAUAAAGAAGAGGAGGACGAAGAAACAGAGAAAGCAGAACUGCCCAAGAAGGAGACACUAUUCAAAGUUCAUCCAGACCCGGGCCCAGUGCCACAGCUGGAGGAGAUGGUGCCAGUGGUACCCUCUAAGCCCACACCUGAAGCUGAAGGGGACUAUUUCAUUGAAAGCCCGGAGCAGGAGGGCUCCAGGAUCGAAUCCCUCAAACCCUUUGAGGAAGAGCUGUCAUCCAGGCCCUGGAGCUUCAUCGCAAACUCGAGCAAGAGGGAGGAUGAGCAGACGUGCUCCACCCAGUUCCGCUCCAUCCGCGUGCAGACCUCCCAACACCUCUUCUGGGCGAACAAGCUCAUCCAGGCUUCAGAGCACAGUCUCCAGCGGGCCUUGGAGAAGCACCGCAAGAGCCCGCGGGAAAAGAAAUCUGUCUGCAUUCCCCAGGUUCUCACAGACUGUGCCCCGCUGCCGUCAAGUCCCCGGGUAUCCUGCACUACCCUGCCCACAGCCAUUGGCCUGGCAGAUCUGAUCAACUUUGCAUCCUCCCUUGCCGUAGCCUCCUCCAGCAGCACAGACUUGCCUAAUCUAGAAAAUAUGAUCAAAGGUACAUCAGAGAAGUCCCAAGAGACGUCUAUGGAGCUUUGCCAGCCGGUCCAGUCCAUCCAGUAUGCCCAGGCUACACAGAUUACCCAGAUAUCCUCGGAGAGCCAAGAGAAAUCAUCCAAAGAGAUUUUAGCAAGACAGGGUUCAAGAAGGCCACCAUCGAAGGGGAAGUGA